AUGCUCUACCCCAUGGCGUUCAGCAAGAAGGAGGCCCAGGUGUGCGCGCGCUACUCCUUCGUGUGCGAGACCGGCGACACCGCGUGCACCCCUGCCGAGCAGAAGAGCCGCGCAAGGCGCUGGAGCUACGUGCCCCUCGCCAAGUCCACCUGCGACACGCUGGGGAAGGUGCCAGGCAUCAAGAACCUGCUGUGCUGUGCUACCGACAAGUGCAACAAGCCCGACCCCAAGUUGGACCCAGCCACCAAGGUCUCGAACGUCCUUAUCGGGCGCUGA